UGUCCAAGACUCCCUGGAGUGACUGAACUUGUUUCUGCCUGAGGAGCCACUCUGUGAGACUGAGGAGGUGGUCAGCUGGAGUGAGCUUGGGGGUCCUAGGGCAUCUGCCUCUCCUGGCUUGUUUAUGCACAUUAAAGGGAAGAAGUUGACGCUUCACGUUCUAGGAUGGCAGUGAACAAGGGCCCAACCUUGCUGGAUGGAGACCACCCUGAGCAGGAGAACGUGCUGCAGCGGGUCCUGCAGUUGCCUGUGGUGAGUGGCACCUGUGAGUGCUUCCAGAAGACUUACACCAGCACCAAGGAAGCCCACCCCCUGGUGGCUUCUGUGUGCAAUGCCUACGAGAAGGGCGUGCAGGGCGCCAGCAGCUUGGCUGCCUGGAGCAUGGAGCCAGUGGUCCGCAGGCUGUCCACUCAGUUCACAGCUGCCAAUGAGCUGGCUUGCCGAGGCCUGGACCACCUGGAGGAAAAGAUCCCAGCCCUCCAAUACCCUCCCGAAAAGAUCGCCUCUGAACUGAAGGAUACUAUCUCCACCCGCCUUCGCAGUGCCAGGAACAGCAUCAGUGUGCCCAUUGCAAGCACUUCGGACAAGGUCUUGGGGGCUGCACUAACCGGCUGCGAGCUCGCCUUGGGGGUGGCCAAAGACACUGUGGAAUAUGCCGCCAACACGCGAGCUGGCCGGCUGGCCUCUGGAGGGGCCGAUUUGGCCUUGGGCGGCAUUGAAAAGGUGGUGGAGUUCCUCCUCCCUCCAGACAAGGAAGAGCCAGCUUCUGCUCCUAGACACCAGCAGGACCAGAAGCCUCCCAAGGCCAAGCCUAGCCUUAUGAACAGGGUUGCAGCCCUGACCAACACCCUCUCUCAACGUACCAUGCAGACCACAGCCUGGGCACUGCAGCAGAGCCACGCCAUGGCCAUGUGGGUGCCAGGUGUGGCACCCCUGAGCAGCCUGGCCCAGUGGGGCGCGUCAGCUGCCAUGCAGGUGGUGUCCCGGCGGAAGAGCGAGGUGCGGGUGCCCUGGCUGCACAACCUUGCCGCUGCCCAGGAGGAGGAUCACCAUGACCAGACGGACACAGAGGGAGAGGAGACGGAGGAGGAGGAAGAACUGGAGACCCAGGAGAGCAAGUUCAGUGAGGUAGCAGCCCUGCCUGGCUCGCAAGGCCUCCUGGGCAGUGUGGUGCAUACCCUGCAGAGGGCCCUCCAGACCACCAUCUCGGCCGUGACAUGGGCACCUGCAGCUGUGCUGGGCACGGCAGGGAGGGUGCUGCACCUCACGCCGGCCCGGGCUGUCUCCUCCACCAAGGGGAGGGCCAUGUCCCUAUCGGAUGCCCUGAAGGGCGUCACUGACAACGUGGUGGAUACGGUGGUGCACUACGUGCCGGACCGGGGCGAUGCGCCCGCCGCGCCGCGCCCGGGCUUCCCGGCCGUGCCCCGCGAGAAGCCGAGGCGCAGGGUCAGCGACAGCUUCUUCCGGCCCAGCGUCAUGGAGCCCAUCCUGGGCCGCGCGCAGUACAGCCAGCUGCGCAAGAAGAGCUGA